UGCUUCCACUGCGCUCUCCCCCUUGACUGUUGUCCGGUUACUGGGGUCCUCCAGGGCUCCUCGGGUGAACACAAGGGUCACGCCCAUCCAGCCGAAGCAGGGGGAUGACUGAAAGAAGUUGGUUGGUCCAGAAAAUCCGGUGGUUCUGACGGUGCUGUUCCAAGAGGCUCAUUCCCUUAAAACAAUAUGAUGUCUGCUAUAGAGACUGGUACCCCUGUGUACCAACCUGCACAGCUGCUCAACUGGGUCUACAUGUCUUUGCAAGAUACGCAGAGCGGCUCCUAUGAUGCGUUCAAAGCCGAGUCGGACGCUUCUUCUCAGGACAUGAACAUGUCCAAGCGUUGCGCAGCUGAUCUGAGCUCCAACUAUCUCAACAACUUCUUCCAGCUGAGGAGUGAGGCCUUGAACAACAAUUUCUACAAGAGCUCCUCGCCCUACGGGUCCCUCAACAAUAUUGUGGAUGGCCUGAGCUCUCUGGCGGACCAUUUCUCAGACCUCUCCCUGUCCCCCGACACACGCAAACCCAGCAAAAGGCCGCCGCCCAACUACCUGUGCCACCUUUGCUUCAACAAAGGACACUACAUCAAAGACUGCCCUCAGGCUCGACCCAAAGGUGAAGGCUUGACCCCGUAUCAGGGAAAGAAGAGGUGCUUUGGUGAAUAUAAAUGCCCUAAAUGCAAGAGGAAAUGGAUGAGUGGGAACUCCUGGGCCAACAUGGGACAAGAAUGUAUCAAGUGCCACAUAAACGUUUACCCUCAUAAGCAGAGACCCCUUGAGAAACCGGAUGGGUUAGAUGUGUCGGACCAGAGCAAAGAACAUCCGCAACACUUGUGUGAAAAGUGCAAAGUCCUCGGCUACUACUGCCGCCGCGUGCAAUAACACACUCUACUCGCCUCUCCAAAGUUUUAUCAAAAAGGGACGGUUAUAUUUUAAUUACUAAACAAUACACCGUAAUUAACUUUAUUGUACUGCAAUGCAUCUAAUGGUGUAUUCUCAUGAAAUAUUCCCUCUGACACUGUGACUCUCACUAUAAGAGGCUCAUUUUUUUCUCUCAGUGGAGACAAGUACUUUGCAUUUACUCAGUUAUGUGAAUAUUCAUUUGAAGUCUUAACUAUGAAUCUUAAGAAUCUUACCAACUGUGAAUUAAGAAACUUUAGCUCUGUGUCUGUCUUCACUCGGGUCCGACAAAAAUCACGAGUGAAGUUUCCAGAUGAAGAUUCUCUUUUACAUGUUUGUAUAUUCCAGAAAUAACUUAAAUGAAAUUAUUUUUUCUGUAUAAAAUAUGCAACAAGUCUUUACUAAGAAGGAUAUGCAGUAUUAAUGUAUAUCUGCAUUUUAUCUGUAUUAUCUGUACUGGAGGGUACAUAAUUUUUGAAUAUAUUUUUAAUUUGAUUAUUACACUUUGUGAAGGAAUAUAUUAGCCAACUAACAUUUAUUCUUUAUAUGAUGUGUGCCUGUAUUUCUGAAGACACAUUUUAGUUUGUCAUUCAAAAGUUUUACAAAACUGUAAACCAAUGCAAUAUGGCAGAAACAUUUUCACUACCUGAAAAAAAAAGACUAAAUGACAGCAGUUAUAUUUUGGCACCCAGUUCUAUGAAAGACUCACCAAAGUGCUUUUUUAUGGGUCAUAGGUCUUAAUGUCUCACAUGUAACACGAGACAAAAAGGAAUAAAACUCUGAAUAUACCAAAGAUCAUGAAGGAUUAAGUGGAGGGUUGCAUGUGCAUGUUCCUUAUAGGCUUUUUGUAUUUCAAUGAAAUUGUGAUAAAUUAAUAUGAAACAGGAAAACCCUGACUUAAAACUGUUUAAGAUGUGUGAAAUGCCAUUUAAUGUGCCUUAGUUUAAAAGAUCUGUGAGACUGAUCCCUUGAUCUCUUAAAAUGGUUUUGUAUUCAAAUGUAUUUGAACAUGUUAUUGAGGGUUUCUCCGCUGUUCUGCAGAAUUUCUUUUUGUCCCUAGUAACAAUAUGAGCACAUAAGAUCACGGGGCUGGGAAAGUCCCCACAGGGCUGUAUGGUGAUAGAAUCUCUCUUCAACAUUAACAGAUCCAGAUGUUACACAUUUGUAUCUCCCCACAACAUAUAACAGAAUUCCAGCGUCUCUUAAUAUUUUUUUAAGCAUCUGGUAAAAUGUACUUAUGGCACAGGAAAAUCAGAUUUGGCUUCAUCACCCCUCUCACUGCUGGCAGAACCUAUAAUAUGCUGUGAGACAAAACAAUACAUGCAGCAAAAUCCAAGCUGACCCCAAGAAAGAAACAUUUCCCUGCUUAUUAUAGAUAUUAUACAUACUUAAUGGAAUAAGAUCAUUAGUCAACUGAGGCUGACAACAGGAGGCGGAAGGAAGAAAGACGCGACACUGAUCUCAUUCCACAGCUGGUGAUAAAAAAUUCCCUUUCUCCCAAUAAACCACUCUAAAAACA